AGGACGAUUUCGUGCUGCGCCGGUUCCUGUGUGCUCGGGACUACAACAUUGGCAAGGCGUCGACGAUGCUCCUCCAGUACCUCGCCUGGAAGCGUGUCACCAAGCCCCAUGGCUCCAUCUCCGGCGAGGAGGUGCGCGACGAGAUCGUAAAGAAGAGGGUCGACAUGCAGGGCUUCGAUCGUCUUGGUCGCCCCAUGGCAUAUAUCUAUGGCGCACGCCACUUUCCCGCCCGGCGAGACCUUGACGGAUUCAAGCGCUAUGUAGCCUAUGUCCUCGACAAAAUAUGCACCAGGUUGCCGGUGGGGCAGGAGAAGUUUGCGGCAGUGAUAGACUUGAGAGGGUGGGGGUAUGCAAACUACGACAUCCGAGGCUAUGUGGCAGCGCUCGACAUCAUGCAGAGCUAUUACCCUGAGCGAUUGGGGCGUGUGUUCCUGAUCAAUGUGCCCUACAUGUUCAUGGCUGCAUGGAAGAUGGUUUACCCCUUCAUCGAUGACAAGACAAAAAAGAAGUUUGUGUUUGUCGUUGAUAGGGACCUCGAUGCCACUCUUCGGGACGCCAUUGACGACUCCCAACUACCUGAGGAAUACGGUGGCAAGCUCAAGCUAUAGGGCCACAGUAGUUCAAUGUCGUGCAAGUCCAUCUGACUAUCGAACAAUUAACAUAUGCAAUUAAGGGUGCCCCGAAAU